AUGAACGCAAUUCUGCGGUUAGGCUUGCACUUCGCGGUUCCGGUUGGCGAGAAAAUGUCAUCAACUUUAAAAUCGCAGCCACGGCGGGCUGGUUGCUGGGUUCGACACGACUCGGAUCCGAGAGAUUUGCGAUCCACUCGUACCCGGGAUGAAGACAGCAGCACUUCCCAAGUGGUUUGGAUCUUCUGA